AUGGCGUCUUCCGAGCAUCUCCCUUCCCUUCCUCCCAAAACGUCAAACCUAGCAACAGCUUGGGCGUUUCUGGAGGAAGGACUGGAUACUAUCAUGAAAUCUGACUCGACGAAGGAUGUUCCUACAACAUAUGUGUCGUCGCUUAACGCGGCUGUGUUUAAUUAUCACACGUCGUCAACGGACGAAUUCAAGUCCAGGGGGUCGGGCCUGACCCAGACGCCGACAUCAGCCUUCUAUGAUAAAGUCGUUAUAUACUUAAAAGUCCGUCUCAAAAAUAUUCGGGAUACCCACAAUAGCCUGCAAGGAGAAGAGCUAUUGAGGUACUAUGGCACCGAAUGGCGACGAUACGAGAUUCGAGUGAGCUACAUGAACCGGCUGGUGUUUCCAUACCUCAAUCGGUAUUGGGUCAAAAGAGAAAGAGACGAGGGAAGAAUAAAGAUCUACCCGAUGUACACCCUUGCUCUGGUACAAUGGAAGGCAAGGGUACUUGACCCGAUCAAUCAGAAAGGUCGGCUAGCCGAUGCACUGUUACUCGCUAUUGAACGAGAGCGAAACGGGCAAGUCACUGACGAGGAGCUUGUCAAAGAUGUCAUCGACUCUUUCAUAAGGCUUGGGUUGAACGACGCGAACCUCGAUGAAGAAUGUCUCGACGUCUAUAAAAACGACUUUGAGGUACCCUUCCUCGUCGCAACAGAGAAGUAUUACAGGGGGGAAGCAGAGGCAUGCUUGGCGGCAUUCAAGGGAUCAAACUUCAACUAUGUCAAGAAGGUGCAGGAUCGACUGCGCGAUGAGGAGGAUCGUGUCCAACGAUAUGGUCUGAUUCCCCAAACACGGGCCAGCCUUAUUCCUCUACUCAAAGAUCUUUUUUUCCCACCGUACUUCCAUGCUGUGUGGACAAGGUUUCAAGAGAUACCUGAAUUUUACGGAGAUGAAGACUUGCCUGCCUCGUUAUCGCGCACACGUGAGGGGCAAGACCGUCUCAGGGAUAAAUUCGAGCGGCAAGUUGAGAAGGCUGGCCUCGAUGCCGUCUCCACACUUGUCGUAAACGACGCGGAGCUGGAUCCAAAGGCAUACCUUGAUGCGUUGUUGGAGGUCCACACCAAGUAUUCGGCGAUCGUGACGCAGCAUCUGUAUGGAGAUGUUGGAUUUGUUGGCAGUCUGAGUAAGGCGUGCAUAGCCUUCAUUAACCAAAAUUCGAUGACGGCGACCAUGAGCAGUAAAUCGCCAGACUUGUUGGUCAGAUACGCAGAUCGGUCACUCCGAAAGGACAACUCAACAGAAGGAGCAGACAUAGAGGGAGCCUUGGAUCGUUUGAUGACUGUCUUCAAUUACUUAGAGGAUAAGGAUGUCUUUUCGCACUUUUAUGCUGCGAGGCUGUCGAAACGUCUUAUAUACGGCGUGUCGGCUUCCGAUGAAAGGGAAGCUGACAUGAUCUCCAGACUCGGAAAGGCCUGUGGCGCCGAAUAUACCAGCAAGUUGCGGCAGAUGUUAACGGACGCAACAGUGAGUCAGGAUCUAACGAAGCAGUUCAAUGACGCGACAUUCAGCAUCAUGGUCCUCGGUUCGAAUUCUUGGCCUUUACAUCGUCCGUCGCAUGGAUUCACCAUCCCAAGGGAGAUAUAUCCCACAUAUGAGCGCUUCCAGAAAUACUACCAGAUGAGACAUUCGGGCCGGAAGCUGACUUGGCUGUGGAAUUACUCGAGGAACGAGCUCCGGACGAACUACCUUGACCAGAGGUAUAUCUUGAUGACGAGCUCGUAUCAGAUGGCUAUCCUGCUUCUCUAUAAUAGUCACAAUCUGCUUUCUUUGUCUGAGCUCAUCACGGCGACAUCGAUUCCGAAGGAGAUCAUUACCCAAGUCCUUGCCGUCCUUGUCAAUGCGAGGAUCCUCGUCGACGAAGAGUCUGAGCAGUACGGUCUUAACUCCAAUUUCAAGUCGAAGAAGAUCCGAGUCAAUGUGAAUCAGCCUAUCAAGGCCGAAGGAUCUGGACAAACAGAGGUGAUGAGAGCCGUGGAGGAGGAUCGGAAGUAUGCUAUCCAAGCUACCAUUGUCCGGAUCAUGAAGGCACAGAAGUCGAUGACGAACCAACAACUUGUCCAGGAGGUUGUUGAACAGGUCUCCCAACGAUUCACACCUCAGAUUCCUAUUAUCCGAAAGGCUAUUGACAUCCUUCUCGAGAAAGAAUACCUCACAAGAGAAGGAGACGCCUUGAUAUACGUAGCGUAG